ACUGCACCGGAACUAUGGCAGGGCAGCUAUGUGGUGGUGUAACCAGCUUGUGUGAGCUGUUGGGCAGGACAGAGCCGAGUUUCACUCUGACUGCAGCCCGGGUCUAUGUUUAAUUUUGGUAGGCUUGUACAGGAGUCAGUGGUCAAGAAGAUUUAUGAGUGGUCGCGCUUAGUAUCAGGGUUGAAGGGGAGCCAUCAAUCAUCUGUUGCAAUGGGGAACGCCAGCUGCCAUAACAACCACUUGGGAAUACCUGCGGGAAAAGGGCCACAUCAAGUGGGAUGUGCAGACUUAAUGGUGGGCCACACGGUACAGGGAACUUUCUUCAGGUUAUACUAUCCGUGCCAAACUUCCGAGGCUUCCGAAAAGCCGGACUGGAUUCCAUGCAGGGAAUACUUCAACGGCCUCGCAGACUUCAUGAAAAUGAGCAGAACGCUGAGCGAACGGAUUUUCAACUACCUCUUUGGGUCGUACAAAAUCCCUGCAGCGUGGAACGCGUCUUUUAAGCCAGAUGAUAAAUACCCAGUAGUCAUCUUCUCUCAUGGGCUGGGAGCUUUCAGGACAUUGUAUUCAGCCAUAUGUGCAGAGCUGGCCUCACAGGGCUUUGUUGUCGCUGCAGUGGAACACAGGGAUGAGUCAGCCUCUGCAACAUUCUACUACCAGGAGAACAAUGAGGCAGAACAAAGGCCUCAUGCAGUGCAUCAAAAUUUCCGGCCCAUCUCCAACAACCUGGAGGAAGAGUGGAUGUACUACAGAGCGCUGAAACCAGGCGAGCUUGAAUUUCCUCUAAGAAACAGACAGGUGAAACAAAGAGCAGAUGAAUGCAUCAGAGCUUUGAACCUGCUUAUUGACAUCAACGCAGGGAAGUCUGUGGAAAAUGUCUUGCAGUCCACAUUUGACUGGACAACGUUAGAGAACUGUAUGGACCUGUGCAGAAUAGCAAUUAUGGGUCAUUCCUUCGGUGGGGCCACAGUGAUUGAGUGUUUGUGCAAGGAAGUCAAAUUCAAAUGUGGCAUCGCACUGGAUACCUGGAUGUUUCCCCUUGAUGAGGAGAUUUUUCCAAGUGUGAAACAGCCAAUUUUUUUUAUCAACUCUGAGAAGUUUCAGUGGGCUGGGAAUAUCAUUCGCAUGAAGAAGCUGGACUCUGCAGUGAUUCCACGGAAAAUGAUAACAAUCAAAGGGACAGUCCAUCAGAGCUUCCCCGAUUUCACCUUUCUAACUGGUAACUGGAUUGGGAAGAUCCUGAAGCUGAAGGGAGAAAUCGAUCCUCAUGUAGCAAUGGAUCUUUGCAACCGAUCAUCAUUAGCAUUCCUACAGCGCCACUUAUCUCUAGAGAGGGAUUUCAAUCAGUGGGAUCCUUUAAUAGAGGGAAAAGAUGACAACCUGAUUCCAGGCACCAAUAUCACCAUACCUCAGUCAUCAAUGUAACCCAUGAGCACAGUGCUUCAUUUUGUGGCUCAUAUUACUGUUACCAACUAGAAAAGAGUGAACAAGAUGUUUAAAUGUACAGUCGAAGAAGAAAUGUACAGUAUUUUGCCACUAUUAAUUGAUGUACUAAAUUUUCAAUUCAGAUUUAUAGUGAGUUAUUUUUAACUGCUGCAUGAUUGAAUUUCUAGAAUUGAGCCAAGUCAGAAAUAUUACAAAUGAUGAAUGAAAACUUAAUUUGAGGGGGGUGGGUGAUUUUUUUUUAAAUUAAUUUAUUUUUUAAUAGUAGUACAUCAACUUCUCUCUGCCUCUUGUGCCUUGUUUCUACAGUUACAUUUAGCAGUACUGCCUUUUUUAAUACUGGGAAUCACAUGGUCAAUAUCAAUCGGGUGUCACUGCUAAAUGAAGGGAUCUCUUUGGAGAGCAAUAUAUACAUAUACACUUACACACACACACACACACACACAAUUAAUUAAUUACCUCAGUAUCUGAGUUAAUCAUUGAUCAGAGCCUUUUCUAUCAAACAAGCAUGUACAUUUGUUGGUAGUCAGUUUUAAGCAUGUGUCAAGUUUAUCUGGGUGAUCCAUCAUGAUUUCUGAAGUUUUUAAUGCGCUUUAAAGCAGUCAGUACAAAGUUUUUAACACUACAAAAUGCCUUCCUAUAUUAAUGUAUGUUGCUAUAAUAAAAGUGAAAAACAAUAUCUGGUGAA